UUUGUUUUUUCUUCUAACUCCUUGCUCCUGGUCGAAGCAAUUUCCUUUCUCUUCUUGUUGUAUUACUUUGAUUUCUUUCGUUCGUCCCGCCUUAAGGGAGAAACCAGGCGUGCUCGCCAAUCCACAAUUUUGUGAACCAUUGUUUGAGGACCAUUGAAACCUCUCGUCCCGCACCACUUCAAAAGCCAAAACCACUUCUACCCCAAAAGCUGCGAACCCAAAGAGCGACGCGAUUUUCUUGCCCACGACAGCGAAGGCGUCUUUGAGACGAAUUGUGGACCGUUUUCAUUGGGGAGACUUCAUUGAGUGGAACCCGGAGGGGCUGUCCUAAGUGUGGUGGGUGUGGAAAUCUAAAUCUCAGCCGAGUCGCUCGCCGAGUCAACCCAAGAAAAAAACCUCCCCCGUCCACAACCAACUGGUGUUGAAAAUUGCUAUAUGGUCUCUCAUAUCGAUGGGAAUAGCAAGUGUUCCCACCAGCCUGGUGACAUCCCACCGAUAGCAUCGGAUCAGCCUUCCACCAUGGCAGCAUGGAUUCCGGAGACCGAUGCGCCUGACCUUCCAGAACGCCCUGCAUUAAAUUCUCAGCAAUCGAAUUCCCUCCCCUCGACCCCUUACCAACAUGCGCGCAACCUCUCAUUCCACUCCCGGUCGCCGUCCCCCGUCCGCGGAAGCACCUCGCCUCGAUCGACCCACUCCGAGUCAACCCAUCUUCCUCGAAAACCGCUCGGGGCGUGUAAAUAUGAAACAGCAAUGUCUUUCUUCCGAAGACGAAUACCGUAUAAUCUGGGUACGGAUAUAUUGCCGGAGGAGAAAGAAGGGUUGAAAGAGAAGUUGGAGCCGGAGGAGGAGCAGAAACUGACGACCGACAUAAUGGACUUGUACGAUCGAUUACUACCGUCCGCCGAGAGUGAUGAUCGAAAGCGGCAGCUGGUACAGAAACUGGAGAAGUUAUUUAACGACCAAUGGCCCGGCCAUGAGAUCAAGGCCAAUGUGUUUGGUUCGUCGGGGAAUAAGUUGUGUUCAAGUGACUCGGAUGUUGACAUUUGCAUCACAACCAAUUUUAAGGAACUGGAACAUGUGUGUUUAUUAGCGGAGGUUUUGGCGAAGCGUAAGAUUGCCCUUGGAGAGAGGCAUGAUGGGAUGCAACGAGUUGUCUGUGUUUCGCAUGCGAAAGUCCCGAUUGUGAAAAUCUGGGAUCCGGAGCUAAAACUGGCGUGCGACAUGAACGUCAAUAAUACCCUGGCUUUGGAGAACACUCGCAUGAUUCGGACAUAUGUUGAUGUUGACGAAAGGGUACGACCAUUGGCGAUGAGCGUCAAGUACUGGACAAAACGUCGAACCUUGAACGAUGCGGCCUUGGGAGGCACAUUAAGCUCCUAUACCUGGAUCUGCUUGAUUAUCAACUUUCUGCAGACCAGGAACCCGCCGAUUUUGCCCAGUCUCCAAGCACGCCCUCACAAGAAAAAAGUAACGCCCGAUGGUUUAGUCUGUUCUUUUGACGAUGAUAUGAAGGGAUUGAACGGCUUCGGACGGAAAAAUAAGCAAUCAGUGGGAGAGUUGUUCUUUGAAUUUUUCCGGUAUUACGGGCAUAUGAUCAACUAUGAGCAGAACGCCAUCUCCGUGCGCGAAGGUACUUUGAUCUCAAAAGAGGGUAAGGGCUGGCACUUACUUAUGAACAACCGCCUCUGCGUGGAAGAACCGUUCAGCACUUCUCGGAACCUGGGCAACACGGCCGACGACACGUCAUUUCGGGGUCUCCAUUUGGAACUGAGGAGGGCCUUCAAGUUCGCUGCAAAGGGUGAUUUGGAAGGAUGUUGUGAGCAGUACGAAUUCCCCAAAGAAGAAGAGCGGACUUGGGAGCGACCUCCGCCUCAACCAAGACCGAUCAUCGCUCCCGCGCCAGCCCGUGGGGGUCGCGGAGGCGGCCGUGGAGGCGGUCGGUACGCCAAUCAAACCUACCGAGGAGGAGGAUUUGCUGGUGGUCGUCGGACGUCUAACACAGGGAACAAGGGCAAUAGUACCUUCAGGCAGCCGAGUACGACGAAUGCAAACGACUUGUCUUUGCAGGCCCAGCAGCAGGCCCAGUUUCUGUUGCAUGACCAGCUCUAUCAGCAGAUCCAGCUUCUGCAGGCACAAGAGCAAGAAUUGAGAAUGCAGCUACAUAACCAGGCACUGAUCACUGGGCGCCCUCCACCGGUGUUCCUCCAAUCACCGUUCAUCCGAUUCCCAGUACCUCAGGAAUUCUCUGGGGAUGAGGACUCGCGGUCAAGAUCUGGAACGGUAAAUCAUCCGCCGCUGACUCCCUCACACCGGCCACAUCAACCCUUCUUCGCUCCAACCUAUGCUUCCGUCAGUGCCUCUGGCACACAGGGAAGUUCUACGAAUCCUUCAUCGCCUUCUAUUACUUCCGCUGUUCCUGAUCUUCGCCGGAGUCCUCGAAGAUCAUCUGCUGCAAGCGGGUCAGCGAAAGGAUCGGGAUCUCUUCGAGCGCAGUCGCAACCUGCUCGACCUCAAGAAUCCCCGUCCUCGCAGACCUUUCCGUCUCUUUACACGAUUCCUCAGCUUUUGGACACAUCCCUGGGCUCCAAGCAACGCCCAGCUCCUGAGUCAUCAGAGGGCGGAGAGGGCAGCAGUGAUGAAAAUACGAUGGCGCCGAACAGCCUCCCCAGCAAUGAGUCUCGCUCUGGCUCGGUGGAUGAAAAUCGGCCACAAGAUCUCAUGGGUUACCUCGUCUCCCCUCAACAAUUGCAGCUCUAUCAACAGAACUCAAUGUUGCCGCAAUUGACUUCGUCUGUGGGUUUAGCGCUGCCAAAUGGCUAUACGUCUUACCUUCCCAUUCAGCAACAGGACUAUAAAUCUGGCGUCUUUUCGUCUGAUGGUUCGGCACGGUCCGACCAAACUCCUACGAUGACUUCCAGAUCGUCAGUUUCCCAGCCACCGCCACAAUCGGCUUCGCGUCCGGCACCCGCCGACCGUGGUCCUCUGAUUGUGGAUGGUUCGGUACCACCCAGUGAACAUCGCGCGCCGUCGUAUACAAAUGAUUUGAUAGACCCGUAUACUGCCGUGAGCCACUAUACCUCCACAUCAGACGAUCAUAAUAUCAACACGCCCGCCAGCUUUUCUGAUUCCCUAUCUCAGGAUUUUCAGGAUCCGGGUCCUUUCGAAUUGGAGCCGCCAUCGAAUUUCACUCGCCCUUCGCAGUUCGAGUCCCAGCAAAUGAUCAACGUCAACGGGAAUAGCGAAUCACAAUCAGAGAAGACGAAUGGUCAGCCCGAGCUUCUUGCUAGUCGACUACAAAAUUACCACUUGUCCAACGCGGAAAAGCUUGCUCAGACGCACGCUUCUAACAAGGCCAAUUUCAACAAAUCGAACUCAGCGCAUCAGGUAGCCAAAGAAACAUCUCAGCCCAAGAGCUUGGGCUCAUCAAACGACAAAGCCGCCAAUGGCUCACAUUCAAAUGAGCCACGGCGGCAAACGUCAAAGCGGCGACCAAAUGGUGGGGAAGCUUCUGAAAAGGCCAAUGGUGUGAAUCACAAUCACAACCAUCACCAUGGCCAUAGCCAUAAGCCCAAAGCCAAGGGACGACACGAUGGGUCACACAACCACUCGUCCAAUGCCCCGAAUGAGUCCAAGGACAGGCAUAUUGAUCAUCCACCUAAGAAAGCAGGCGGAGCCACCAAUGGUGCAGCCGAGAACAACCAUGGCGGAUGGCAGACGACGAAGAAAAAGCACCGCAGGAAUCCCAAAUCAUCCGCUGAGUCUCGAAACGGUGUCCACAAUGGUCCUGAGCCGAUUCCUGCAGAUGAGUCCAUGCGAAAAGGCGGAUGA